CUCAAGAUAUGCCGUAAAAAAGCAACGAGUUUUGAUCUCACUCACCUAACUAAAAAGUUUAGGAUCGUGUUAUCGAGAAAGGAAAAAAAAAGGAUGCCAAAAUAAUUUUUUGUUUGCAGAAAUCAUAAAAACAAACGGGAGAACUCAAAAUCAUUAGUCAGUUCUUUUAAAAAAAAAAAGGUUCGGGAGGUUCCCGGAUCCAGCUUUUUACAAAACAAUUGAAAUGAUCAAUAAAUGUUGGUAGGGUACACGAAAAAAGAUACGUUUGCAUUCUCAAAUUUCAAAAUGGACAAUGCAAAGUGCAAUUUUGUUUUGUAUUACUUGUGGCUAGUUCACCGCUAUUACUCUGGGAGUCCCGGACGGGACAUGGAGAGGGUCGGGAGGAGAACGAGGAGGAGCAACAGGGUUUGGGGAAGAAAAAAAGAGAGAGUGGGCAGAGGGAGUGACGAACAGCUUUAAAGCUUGUGCCUUGAUGCACAGACGAGCUCAAUCUCAUCCAGCACGGCAUCCAGUCAACAACAGGUGACGCCAGAAUAGACAACAAAUCUCGCAAUUUUCGUUUCGUCGCUUCGCUUAAGCGCCGCCCCCCUAGAAAUUGCAAGUGUGUUUCUCAGCUUUGCCGUCUAACUCCUGCACUGGGUGCAAUGUGCAGCGAGUGUUGAAUUUCUGCAAAUAUCACGUAGUCCCGUCUAUUCAUCACGCAAACAAAGUUAUUUCCAGAAACGACACUAUGCAGAUCCGCAACUGGCCAUCCUACCAUCCGUUACUAGUCUUCGUGACCCUUAUGGGCGCCGUCACAAUAGCGUCGACACUACAACGCCAGCUGCCCAAUGACCCGUGGAACCUACGCCCCAACCAGUUGGUCCUCAUCAACCCUGAUGACUACAGCCCACUCCAACCCGUACAGGAUCAAGUGGAGACGAUGGCGGACACCUAUAAAGUACCCAAGCGAACUCUAUCUCUCUUUACACGCUGGAAGACUCUGGAACAACUUAGACGGAAUCAUCUUCAUCACUCGCUUCCAUUGUCGUCACCAGAUUUCGAUCCGCUGAUGCCACGACAGCAAAAGAAGAUUCCUAUGCCAUCCAAUGGACCUAAAGAAGAAAUGGUGUCUUUACCCGGAAUGUCGAGCGAGAUGAGUCUAUCUGCUCGUGCUAUCCAAAGAUCAUUGCGCCCACCUGGCCAACCACUUCGAUGGGGCUGAAAAAAACAAUUAUAAACUGAUUAUUUGAAUACAAAAAAAAAAUCAAUAAUAUUAAGAAAAUAGCCGGACCCAGUAAAAA